ACCUAUCUCAAGUCUCAACACGUCAGUGUGAAAGCAAUAUUCACAACAAGGCAGUCAUUAUAUAAACAACAAUUUGUUUUUAGAUUAGAGCAGCAAAGAAACAACAGAAAAAGAAAAUUGAAUAAAUGUAAUUUAAAAACAAUUUGUUUCUUUAAGUUUCCAGACUUUCAGCGACAAUGCAUGCAUCUACAGAAAUUACAAAGGCCAAGGCUAUGGAUCCAUCUAAAGAAACUACAAAGCCCAAGGCUCCGGAUCCGGAAGAAGAAAGUAGCAGGUACAUAAGAUGGAAGAAAAGUACUAAAGCAUUGCUGAGUUCUGUGCGCAAACAAACAUGUGAACCGUAUAGCAUUCCCGUUGUUCCAGACAACCUUCGGCUAUCGAAUGAGAGUGCCUACAUUCCAAAAGUUGUUUCCGUUGGCCCCCAAUAUAAAGAAAGGAGGGAGCUUUUACAAGCGGAAGAGAUCAAAUGGCGCUGCGUCACCACUCUUCUUAGUCGAACAUUUGGGCUGGAUGCAAUAGAAAACUGUAUGAAAGCUGUUUUGGAUAUCGAUGAAACUGUUCGUGCAAGCUACGUAGAUAAAAUCAAACUUGAUAGGUACGAUCUCGCAACGAAUAUCGUAUUUGACGGGUGUUUUCUGUUAGAACUAAUCAUUUGUGAAUCUAAGUAUGAUUCUGAGUUACCAAUACCAUUUAAUGGCACUAGUCCCGGAAUAGAAGUAAAAAAGAUGGACUAUGUCAUGAGCGAUCUGAUGCUAUUGGAUAAUCAGAUACCGAUUUAUAUUCUUGAAAUAUUGUUCACAAAUCUUCUUGGUUCCUCUCCCCAAAUGCGAGAGUUCAUACAAAAUCUGGUUCUUCCUGUCUUCGGCUAUUCGGGGAAAUUGAUGGUUAAAUCCACCGUCCACUUCCUUGAUAUUGCUUACUCCUACCUGGAAAUGGAAUGGAUUGAUCAAAAGAAAAAGAAAGAGGAAGAGGAAAAUGUUAUACCUGAUGACAAACUCAUUAAGCUAUAUCAAGAUAUAGAUCAAGAUCCAAAUCUAAAACUAAAUCUAAAUCGCUGUGCUACGAGACUCAAAGCUGUCGGUAUAACAAUCGAAUGUCUUGACGUACCCGAUAAAAAGAACUUUAUAGCUUUCACCGAGUUCAACAGAGAAAAAAGGAUACUAAGAAUUCCAAAGCUAGUAAUCAACAACCAAACAGAAGCAACGUGGCGGAGUUUCAUCGCAUGGGAGCAUCAUAAGAAAAAAUUGAAGAGUGGUUCUGUAUCAGAUACUGACAGGCUUAGUGUAUGCACUUCGUCUGCCAUGCUUUUCAGCGAUUUGAUAUGCUGUACAGGUGAUGUUAAACUACUCAAAGACAAGGGAGUCAUAGUAGUAGACGACACAUUGAAGCUGAGCAAUAGAGAUCUGGUGGCUUAUUUCCAUUUAAUCGCAAAGGGCGUUGAUCGUCGUAUUAUUGACUUAAAUCAUUUCGCUAUGUUUGAUGCCAUGAACACAAUUCCUACGAAAAAUUACGUCACUAAAGUGUUCAUAUUUCUGCUCCAUCUCUUUUGCAAAUUUUUCGACUGGUGUUACAAUGUUCACGAAUUUUUCAAGACCGGUUACAACUAUGCUUUUUCCAUUGUAGGUAUUCUCACUGUUGUCCAGACUUGUUACUCAGUUGUUGCCUAUCAUUUUCCCAAAAAAUAGUAACCAUGCAGUUUGUUUCCCAGUUGACUUUCCAAAAAAGAAAAUGAAAUGUGGUUUGUCUCCUUGAAACCGCAUUUCACUGUCACUUAUUUCUUUAUGUCAAUUUAACUUCAGUUUCAUUUUAAUUUCCAUGUUUAUGACUCAUUCAGCUUUAAUUUCUGCGCGCUGUGCGCCAUUGUGUUUAAUUUAUUUUUCAUAUUUUAUGUAAUUGAAAUAAUAUCUUAUGUAAUUGAAAUAAUUAAUAUUAUUUUUUGUUGA